CAUCAGUUCGAGUUGCCACACCACCUUAACACAGAGAUGCAGUUGUCGAUCUAAAUCCCGUAGUGGUAGAGGUAGCAAGAGUGUAAGCAGUGAUCGGGAAGAUUAGGGUUCGGAGAUGUUAUUUAAAGAGUAUAAUUCAGUGAAAUAAAUUUGGAAAGAGGAAAAAAGGGACAUGAAGAAUUCAGAAGAUCAGAAUUUGGGAGAACACAAAGAGUGGAUGCACCUGCGCCAUUGCAAACGAUUUUGAGCCAUGUCAUUCAGGGUCUCUAACCAUCGGUUGCUAUCAUCUCGCGGUCCCCAACCAGGUAGUCUACACCUACCAAUAUGACUCAGACCACUUGCAGGUCGGACAACAGAUAGGGCUGGCUAUGUCUUUGGAAAGUCUUAAUAUUGAUGUUUGUUGUCUAUCCGAGACCCGUAUUCAAGACUCUGGCGAAGUACUACAAAUUCGCUCUCCAUCUGUCGAUUCAAAAAGCUUGUUUUACGUGCGCUUAUCCGGGGACCCUGUGGCAUCUUCGUCUGGUCUUGCUGGCGUUGGUACCGCACUAAGCGCUAGAGCUGAGGCAGCACUAAUCGACUGGGUCCCCAUUAACAGUCGGUUAUGUGCUGUUAGAUUAGAAAGUUCCAUCAACGUGAGAAGAAAUCGGCGUGAGAAACGAUGUCUUUUCGUCAUCUCCGCCUAUGCCUUGACAGAUUGCAGCCCGGAUGCAGUUAAGGAUGAGUUUUACCACCAGUUAUCUGUUCUUCUCCAGAAAGUGCGUUCGACAGAUAUUGUAGUACUAGCCGGAGACUUGAAUGCUCAGGUUGGGCGUCUAGGCACAGAAGAGAGUCGUUUAGGUGACCGAUGGGGACUCGUUGGUCGCAGUUCAGAUAACGGGGACCGUCUACUGCAACUGUGCACAGACCACAACCUGUUUCUGGAUAGCACCUCCGACUCUUUUUAAAGAUGGUGGUGACUUUCUGACUGAGGAGCCGACGACGUUGUUUACAAAAGUCUGGGAACUAGAGAGUGUUCCAACGUCAUGGAAUGACGGGGGCUCAUAUAUGCGAAAAUUAUUGGGGGAUAAGUCUAAUUCCGAUUGCGUUCAAACUAUUGGCUUCCAUCAUACUUCGUAGAUUGUUCGAAACCCGAGAAAAAUUGACUCGCAAGGAGCAGGCUGGGUUUCGUUCUGAUCGAGGAUGUAUUGAUCAUAUCUUCACCCUCCGCCAAAUGUUAGAACACCGUCAUACUUACAACAGACCGACAAUCGUAGUGUUUCUUGACAUCAGGGCUGCCUUCGAUUCGUUGGACAGGACUGUUCUCUGGGAUUGUCUAUUGAAGAAGGGUGUGCCUGAGAAGUUUAUUAACAUCCUAAAAGCCCUAUAUACAAAUAACUCAGGCAGAGUGAGGGCAUACAACCAC